AUGUUCAGUGUCUUUUUGUUCAUAAAUAUAUUCAGUUAAAUGCCUUGAUUUCAGAGAAGUAUGGUAAGAUACUGAUACAUCAUAAUGAUACGUAAAUUGAAUUAAUGUUACAUAAAUUUCAGUAUCUAAGUCAACUUGGUUUUGGCAAAAUAAGCAGCUAAAAUAAAUACUCCUUAUACAUCAAGAUCAGAUAAGAAUUGAGAACCAUGGGGUGAGAGUGUAUCAAAUCAUAAUCCUUUUGAAGUAAAUGUUGUAUCAAUACAUUGAUAAUGUAGAAGAGUGGAAAGUAAAACAGGAUUCCUUGGUUACCUCAAGGGUUAUCUUCUGUGGCAUAGUUUUCUACAUAGUGGUUAAGUGAUGCUUAGCAGUUGCUACAUGAGGUUUUGGAAGAAGUGUUUGGGUAAAAAGUAAGAAUCUGCAUUGGCAGGGGAGGAAGGAAGGAACUGUAUCAUUUGUGGGAGCAGAAUGAUGCCUUGGCACUCAUUUUCCAUAGUUCUCUUCUGCAAGGGUUGAAAAAAGCUGUUCAGGACAACCAAGAACUAUGUGAAUCAUUUCCUUGACAUUAAAAUAAUAUGGAAGUAACAGCCCUGGGGUUCUUUUGGGGUUGGGGGGGAGGUGUUCGGUUGUUUUGGUUUGGUUUUGGGGGUUUUGUUUUGUUCUUUUUAUUUAUUUAAUUUUUUUGAACAUGACUUUCUGAUGGACUGGGAAAACAGAUUUGUGGUAAGGAAGAAAGUAUCCAUUCUCGUACUGAAUUUUUAGUCUGUAUGCUCCUGAAAUUGUUGUGAAAUUAUGUGGCUACUGUAACUACCUUCUCUUUAUGGUAAGGAGGUACAGUGCUGUAUAGGGAUGUGAAGGAGAGGGCAUAUUUCAGAAAUUGUUGUGGGAACUGGCACUCUUUUUAAUUUUUGUCUUGUAUUCCAAAAUGUUCAUACCUAGCUGCCUGAAUGUAUGAAGGGUUUUGGAUUUUUUUCUUUUUUGUCAGAAUUCAGGGGAUCAUUCCUUUAAAAAAGAAAAAAAAAAAGUGGCAAUUGAAGUUGCUCCUUGGAGAGCAUCUUAAUAUUUGCUUAUUAAGCUUUUUCCUUCAGCAGACUCUGCCUUUUGGCAAAGUGUGAAUGUGUUCAGCAUAUCACUUGAAGUACUUAAGUUCUUUGAACUAAAGGUUAACAGACUGUAUAACAUCAGGCAAUAAAACCUCACAGUAUUUCUUGUUCCACAUCUCUGUGCAUCCCAUGAGGAUGGUUUCCAAAGACGUGCAUUUGGAGGGUUGUAGCUGCCUCACCCAGGGCUGAGCUGAAAAAGAGACAUCGGAAACACUUGGUAAAGCCUAGAGAGGAGAGUGGACCUGCACAGGAACCGACUGUGCUACUCUUUUCCUGUUUUGGCUGAUAGUUUAUUCCCACAGUUGGAUAAAGAGCAUAAAGAUCUUGGAAGAUGGAUCCUGAAAUACAGAAAAUGAAGGAAGUUGUCCUUGUCUACCUUGACAGAAGUGGUGGCCUUCAGAAAUUUGUGCAUGAUUGCAAAAAAUAUAAUGGUAUUACUGAACAGAUAGUCUGUGAAAUUGAUACAUGGUGUUACACAAAUCUCUGUUACUUUAAGAUACUUUUUGCUCCUACAGACUCAAAACAAAGUUAUGCUGUUUAUCGUUUCAUUAUUUCAAUUAAUCCUUCUGACAUUGCUGAAUUGGAUGCAACUCUUGGAAACUAUAUUCUUCAUAAUCCCCUACAAGCUGCACAGAUUUUUCAGUCAGUAUGCUUUGUAGCUAUUAAGACAUUAUCAUUAAUUGAACAACUGCAGACAGAAGCCCAGAUAAGUAUAUUGCUGAAACCAACACAUUUGCCACCUUUACCAAGUUAUGUUCUGAGUCUUUCUGCAAAUCCCUUUAAUUACACAUCUCAAAGAUUCUAUAUGUCUGAAGGGAUAGUGAUUGCAAUGGGAACUGUAACAAAAUACACACAAGGAGCAAGAUUUCUUUGUACUGAGGAAACCUGUCCAUUCUCUGAAGGGUUUAGGUGCAUCAGAGUGCAUUGUCCUGGAGCUACAGAGUCUGCUACAGUGAGGACUGAUUUUGUGUGUAGCUUGUGUUCUUCACCACUGCAGGAAGACAUGAAAUUUAGAGUACUUGGUGAUAAACAAGUAGUUGAAAUGAUUGAUGCUAAAAUUCUGAAUGCUUUGAAAGGAUAUUCCACUGAUAAAUCACAUUUUAGGAUUCAGGCAUUUACAUUGUUCUUGAGAGAUGAACUGGCCAAUAAAAUGACAAUAGGAAACCACUACAGAAUUAUAGGAAUUCCAGCUUGUGUACAAAAUGGCCUACAAGCAACUGCAUGUAUAGAAGUCAAUAGUGUAAAGCUCUAUAAACCAAAUGGUCCUUCUUUUGUAAGUGAGAAUUUUAAGUAUCUUCUCUCACUGACUUCGAGUUCACGCUGGAGGUUUACUGCUGUUCUGGCCAACAUCUUUGCUUCUCAAGUUGUUCCACCAGGCACUUACAAUACUCUUAAACUUACAAUAUUGCUGAGUCUGGUACAGACAUGUGAAAAAGAAAAUGCUGAUUAUCUGGAUCUUUUGAUUAUGACAAGUGACACGCUAGUAAUUGACAGGCUUCUGAAUUAUAGCUUAUGUCUUCUGCCUCGUGGCAUACGACACCCACCUUCCAGUGACAUUUUUCCUUCUGUGUCCAAAGAUAAACACGGAACUGGAAGUGCCAGUAUUCAAGCCUGCAGCGCUGUGCUGGCCAAGGGUGGCAUCUGUUACAUAGGAGACUUAAGUUCAUAUAAAAAGGAUAAACUUGAACUUCUACAGUCUGUGCUAGAGAGCAGAACAACAACAGUAUUCAUUCCUGGGAAGAAGUAUGGAGAAGAGGCUGACCAACAAGUUACUAUUUCAGUUCAGACCAACUUUUGGUCCUUUGUAGAUGUGGACUCUUCCUCAAAGAAACAUAUACAAAAGGAGAAUUUUCUAAUUGGUCAGAUGGAUGUGAGUUUGAUUCCAGUUAACCUUGUAGAUAGUUUUGGGCUCCUGAUCUACAAUGAGUUUCCUUCCUGUCGCCUGUCUUCUCCUGUUGUACAUCAAAUCUUGAAAAAAGCCAUUAAUCCUGAAGCCAUGCUGUACAAAGCCUCACAUCAGUUCAGAACACAGGAUUAUGAGGAGUUUAUUUUGUUUGCUAGGAAUCUUCAUGUUGAACUGAGUUCAGAAGCAGAAAGUCUCAUUCAGGGCUAUUAUCUUGGAAGUCGCAGGGUGAGAAGAGAUUCCAUUCAUGGAUCUACAUUAUCAGCCUCUGCACUAAAAGUUCUGAUUUCACUGGCUAAGGCUCAUGCCAAGCUUAGUUUAAGACAGAGAGUACUUGAGGAAGAUGCAGUGAUUGCCAUCUUGUUACUUGAGUCAUCGCUGACCCUAAAACAUGGCACAUCUGCAUUAUGUGUAGCACCAAAUCCUGUAUUUCCAUUUGACCUCAGUGAUGAAAGCUCCCUGCAACAGAGAGAUAUUUACCUCAUGCAGUGUCACCAUCAAUUGCUGAAGUUUAUUGCUGCCUAUAGCCCAGGAAUUCACAUUAACACUAAUGAAGAGUAAAAUCUCCACUGGAAGUAAAGUCUGAGGCUCUGGCUUUUUGAGAGGCUACAGUUAGAAAUACAAAAUUACUAAAAACUUAGAAGACAGUUCAGUGAUGUUUUACCAAGGAAUAAAGCAUAGCAGACAGGACCUG